AGGCUGUAGUUCCACCAAUAACAAACCUGCUAGCUUGACUCGGCUUAAAGAGUAUUGUUUGUGUUAAUCAGUUCAAGUGUGUGAUAUAAUUAGGUUGUGAUCUAGAAGUGAAUUUAAUAGAAAACGUUCGGUUUAGUUUUAUACAAAUUAUUUGUUGAGUAAAUGAUUCUGCAGCUUGUAAUAAACGUGAAUCAGCAAACAAAUGAUUCCGGCUAGUGUUAGCUAACAGGCUAAUCAGCGAUAUGCUCCUGUAGCGAGGAGUCAUGUUAGCUUGCUAACGAUUUGGAGUUAUUGGUGGAAGACAUGUCCUGAGACUGAUUUGGUGUUUGGUUUGGUCGUUAGAUAAUCCGUUUAUUAGUCAAAUUUCGAUCUAAAGAGAUCAACCACGGUUUUGAACCGGUUCAGAUCAUUUCCUGACCGGGGAGCCUUCUGCUGACAGGAUUUUCUCCAGAUCAGUACAUACUGCAGAUUUUCAAAAUGAAGAUGUUCUCAGUGUCUCACAAGACGGUGUUCGUGGUGGACCACUGUCCCUACAUGGCUGAGUCAAGUCGUCAGCAGGUGGAGUGCGAUGUGCUGACAAAGAGUCGAGCUCAGGGAGUUAUUCCUUUGGCCCCUGUGUCCAAGUCCCUGUGGACCUGUGCGGUGGAGUGCUCCAUGGAGUACUGUCGGAUCCUCUAUGAUGUUUACCCACUGCACAAAUUGAUUAAUUACAUCGUGAGUGAUUCAGAGUUCCACAUCUUGAAUAGCUGGAGGCAAGAAGACCAGAGCACUCACGAGCUCAUGUCAGCUCUGGCAGCUGUUGGGCCACCCAACCCACGUGAGGACCCAGAGUGUUGCAGCAUUCUGCACGGGCUGGUCGCCGCGGUGGAGUCGUUAUGCAAGAUCACAGAGUUGCAGCACGAGAGGCGCACCACUCUGAUGGACACAGCUGAGAGAGUUGCCAACAGGGGUCGUAUUAUCUGCCUAACCAAUGCUAAAAGUGAUACUCAUGUGCGCAUGUUGGAAGACUGCAUCCAAGAAACUAUUUUAGAGCAAAACAAGCUGGCAGCAGGCUCAGACAGGUUGAUGGCCAUCCAGCAAUGUGACCUGGUUCUGGUUCACAUCUACCCUCAGGGUGAGGACACGCUGGUGUCUGACCGACCGAAGAAAGAGAUCUCCCCUUUCCUCACCAGCGAGGUUCACAGUGUUCGUGCGGGACGGCACCUUGCCACCAAACUCAACAUUCUGGUCCAGCAGCACUUUGACUUGGCCUCCACCACCAUAACAAACAUCCCCAUGAAGGAGGAGCAGCAUGCCAACACAUCAGCCAAUUAUGACGUAGAGCUUCUGCAUCACAGAGACGCUCAUCUGGAGUUCUUCAAAAGCGGAGACUUGCAUAUGGCUGGCACCAGCACUCGAGAAAAUGGACUCAAAGAGACAAUUACACUGAAGUGGUGCACUCCUCGCACCAACAGCAUAGAGCUGCAUUACUGUACGGGAGCCUAUCGCAUCUCCCCCACAGACGUUAACAGUCGUCCCUCGUCAUGUUUAACAAACUUUCUCCUCAAUGGUCGAUCGGUGCUGCUGGAGCAGCCCAGGAAGUCGGGGUCGAAGGUCAUCAGCCACAUGCUCAGCAGUCACGGAGGCGAGAUCUUCCUGCACGUGCUCAACAGCAACCGCUCCACCCUGGAGGACCCGCCCUCCAUCAGCGAGGGCUGCGGAGGCCGAGUCACCGACUACCGCAUCACUGAUUUCGGUGAAUUUAUGAGGGAGAAUCGUCUCACCCCUGUUUCAGAGUCUUCCCAUGAUCCUUCGGGGAAGCUGCCAGUUGAGAGAGCCAAAGCUCAGCUGGAACGCCACACUCGAUAUUGGCCAAUGAUCAUCUCCCAGACCACCAUCUUCAACAUGCAGGCUGUGGUUCCUUUAGCUAACCUGAUUGUGAAAGAGACUUUAUCUGAGGAGGACGUUCUGACCUGCCAGAAGACAGUUUACAACCUGGUAGACAUGGAGAGGAAAAAUGACCCGCUCCCCAUUUCCACCGUGGGAUCCAGAGGGAAAGGCCCAAAGAGAGAUGAACAGUAUCGUAUAAUGUGGAACGAGCUGGAGACAUUAGUGAAGACUCACGCCGGGGCCACCGACAGACACCAAGCGGUACUGGACUGCAUCAUCGCCUGCCGCAGCAAACCUCCCGAGGAGGAGGAGAGGAAGAAGAGAGGGAGGAAGAGGGAGGAGAGGGAAGACAGGGGGGACAAAAACGGCAGCAAGGACGCAGACGACAAAAGCUGGCAGGAGUCGGAGAGACUGAAGGUUCUGCUGGAUAAAGAAGAGCCGGAGUCGGAGGUGAUCAAAGAUUCCCCGGACUCUCCAGAGCCGCUCAAUAAGAAGCCGCGGCUGUGCACGGAGGAGGUUCAGCCUCCAGAGAGAGUAAAAGGUCCUGUCUCCCUCCUCUCCAUGUGGAGCAAUCGCAUCUCUGUGGCCAACUCCAGGAAGCACCAAGAGUUUAUUGGGAGAAUGAGCUCCGUCAACAACAAGUUUGAGCUGUACCAGCAACUCAAAGACGAGAAUGGGAUGGAUGUUCAUGAAAAUGGCAAGGCCACCAGAUGAUGUUUCCAUGGAACCACUGCUUCACCCUCACCAAGGUUGAGAUUUUGGACCACAGUGUUUUUUCUCACUUGGGUGUCAUCUUAACCCCCCCCCCCCCCCUCCCGCCAAACCAAGGACAUCAAAUAAAAUAGACAGUGAACUCUAAAGGAGGAAUUUAUACGUUUUUUUUACUCAUUGUUUUGUAGAUAAGCUGUGUAACAAAAUAAAAGCUGUCAAUAGAGAA